AUGGGGCCUGGAAAGGGUUGCUCUCGAUCACUUCAGUUGAUUUGCGAGUUUGGCUUCGACGGGCCGUAUAAUGAGUCUUUAAAAGCUCAAGCUGACGUCCGACCCGCUCCAAGACCAAACAAACCGAAACCACCGACAAAGCCCCGCUUGUAUCCGGUGGUUCGAGCAAUGUACGACUACGAUGCUCAAGAUACGGACGAGUUGUCAUUUUCAGUCAAUGACGAAAUCGAAGUCAUGCAAAAACGUAAGUUCAGUUCAUGUCCAGAUAACUCUAGCCGUAGCUUCCCACAUUCUUUCCCGUCCUACUAG